CCAAACCGCAGCUCUUUCACGAUUACGUUUGCACUUCGCAAUCGCCGGUGAUUAUCGAUUCAAAGAUGCUUGUGAAUCUCCGUUUCGGCCUCUGGUUUAGGGACUUUGUAUUAAUCGUCCUUCUAGCCUGUGUUGCUUCGCUUUCGAUCAGAUCAUGGGCGAAUGUGUAUUUGGAGAACGAGAGGACCCUUGCAAUAGUGAAACCAGAUGGGGUUUCUGGUAACUAUACUAGUUCAAUAAGGAAGGUUAUUCUGGAAUCUGGCUUCAGCAUCCAAAGAGAAUUUACGCUACACCUUGAUGAAGAUAGUGUGAGAAGGUUUUAUGCUGAGCACUCAGCAAAGAGUUUCUUUCCAAGCCUUAUUAAAUACAUGACCAGUGGCCCAGUGAUGAUAAUGAUUCUGCAGAAAGCUAAUGCUGUUGCUGAUUGGCGUGCUCUUAUCGGACCAACUGAUGCCCACAAGGCUAAAAUGACUCAUGCCGACAGCAUUAGAGCGAUGUGUGGGAAGGAUUUAGAGCGAAACUGCGUUCAUGGUUCAGAUUCAGUCGAAUCAGCUGCAAGGGAAAUUUCUUUUUUCUUAACAGAGGCAUUUCCAGAAGGAACAACUCCGGAGCAUGAUGAACUCUAAACCAUAUACAUUUACAGAAAAAGCAUAUGCUGUGAAGAACCUAUAUUUUGUAGCCAUGGUGCUUCCAUGAAAAUGGUAAUUGGGGGACUUUGGACUCCCCUUGGAACCUGUAUCGCAUGUUGUGCAAGUAGACUAGGCAUUGCAGUCUAAUUAUGUUAGUUUUUUUUAUGAGGUACGAAUUAUUAUUUUGGAUCCCUUGAAGACUUCCCUCAUUUUUUGUAUUAUUUGAGCAUAAUGCAUGAUUUGA